AUGGAUGGUGAAAGCACCAAUGAUAUCAUUGUGGUAGGGGAAGAUGUGACUACUGAAUUUUCGACGAUCCCAUUAACAAUGGAGUUCGAAGAACCUGAAAUUGUUAAUCAUUUAACCGUGAACAACGAACCGGUCGAAAUGGAACCGGAACUUCAGCAGGAACCGAUCGCGGAGUUAGCAGUGCCACCAGCGGUGAGUACAGCUGCCACCACAGUUACAGCCAUUCGGCUGGGUUCGGGGGCGGAUGAUAAUCCGACCACGGCGGCUAGUGACGUCGAAGAAGAAAACACGGACAGGCGCGCCCGUCGCACUCGUAGCCGUGGCCGACGCAGCCGACGUGGCCGUGGCCGUCAUAGUCGUGGCCGUCGUAGCCGGAGCCGUCGUAGCCGUCGUAGCCGGAGCAGAAGCGACUACGACGACUUCUAUGUGCAAAUCGCUGACGAUGAGAUCUCCGCCGCGCCGGCCGGUAGCAGUCGCGGUAGCCGAAAGACGGCCCGUGGCCGUGGCGGAAAGGCUACACAAAGCAAUCACGGUAGAGGGAAAGCUAUCCGUGGCACUCGUCAUGGCCGGAACUCAUCCAGCGGCAGUCGCAGAGGCCGGAAGACUACCGAAUGUAUGAAUGCGCGGACCAUGUGGAGCGAACGCUUGCGUCCCCUCAGCCUUCUUCGGAAUAAGAAAUCGAAGACCAAAUGA